AUGACAUUCAGCGUGAAGUUGACCAAGUUUGACGAUGCCAAGAAGAUCGCCCUUAUCAAGGAAAUUCGCUCGGCCAUUUCUGGUCUCAAUCUCGUGCAAGCGAAGAAGUUUGUGGAAACGGCGCCAGUAGUGGUUAGGGAAGACAUGGGUAAAGCUGAAGCAGAGGAGUUGAAAGCUGCACUUGAAAAGGCGGGCGCUACUAUAGAAAUAGUUUAA